CCCUCUCUGCGGCGCACGGGAUUUCCUGCGGCUGCGAAAGCGAGUCUCCCGGAGCGACAGUUACGGCGUGUUAAUUGGCUUCUGUAGGCUUAUCGUAUUACAUGAAGAAGCCUAGAUGAGGAGGAAGAGGAAAGCGAAGGAGUUAGGAAUGGCUCCUCCUCAGGGACAGUUGACAUUCAGGGAUGUGGCCAUAGAAUUCUCUCAAAUGGAGUGGAAGUGCCUGGACCCUGCUCAGAAGGCUUUAUACAAGGACGUGAUGCUGGAAAACUACAGGAACUUGGUCUCCCUGGGAAACUCUCUUCCUGACCUCAGUAUUAUUUUCAUGUUGGAGCAAGGAAAAGAGCCCUGGACUGUGAAGAGACAAGUGAAAAAGGCAAGAAAACCAAAAAGGUGGAAAUGUAUCAAAGGCCUGAUCACAGAUGUCUCUCCUGAAUGUUUAAUCGAAGAAUUAGUACCAAAAGGAAAAGGUAAUACAGGAGAAGUAUUCCAUACAGUGACAUUGGAAGGACACAAAAGGCAUGAUAUUGAAGAGGUUUGCAUCAGAGAAGUCCAGAAAAAUACACAUGACUCUGAAUGUCACUGGAGAAACGAUGAAAAUAAUUAUAAUCGACUGCCUGUGAUGAAAAAGGGAACUCUUAAUGGUAGAAAAGUCCAACAGGAUAAAAGGGGCACAGGAAAGAAUCCUGUUGAAAAUCAACUUGGAUUAAGUUUUCAGUCACAUCUGCCUGAGCUACACCUAUUCCAAGCUGAAAGGAAAUUUUGUGAAGGUAAUCAGACUGAAAAGUCGGUCAACAAUGGUUCCUCAGUUUCACCAACCCAAGGAAGUCCUUGCAGUGUCAAAACUCAUAUUUCUAAUAAGGGUGGGACUGAUUCCAUCUAUUCCUCAUUACUCACACAACAACAGAAAGUACAUAUUAGAGAUAAAACUCACAAGUGUAUUGAAUGUGGCAAAGCUUUUAAUGAUAACUUAAACCUCACUCUACAUCAGCUAAUCCAUUCUAGAGAGAAACAGUAUAAAUGUGAUAUAUGUGACAUAGUCUUUAAUCAAAAAUCAAAACUUGUAGCUCAUAGGAGAAUUCAUGCUAGAAAGAAUCUAUAUAAAUGUAAUGAAUGUGACAAGAUUUUCUGUCUUAGUUCACAUCUCACAAGGCAUCAAAGAAUUCAUAGUACAGAGAAACUUUACACAUGUCAUCAAUGUAGCAAAGCCUUUAGCAAUCAUUCAACUUUGGUUAAACAUCAGAUAAUCCAUGCUAGAGAAAAAACUCACAGUAAAGUCUUCAGUCAAAAUUCAUCCCUGGCACAUCAGAAAAAUUUUACUAGAGAGAAACCUUACAAGUGUAAUGAGUGUGGCAAAGCCUUUAGCUUAAAGUCAACACUUACUAAGCAUCAGCUAAUUCAUACCAAAGAGAAACCUUACAAAUGUGAUGAGUGUGGCAAGGUCUUUCCUCACAAAUCAAACCUUGUAGACCAUUGUAGAAUUCACACUAAAGAGAAACCGUACAAAUGUAAUGAAUGUGAUAAGGUUUUCAACCACAAGUCAAUCCUUUCAAGGCAUCAAAGAAUUCAUACUGGAGAGAAACCUUACAAAUGUAAUGAAUGUGACAAGGUUUUUGGUCGUAAUUCACACCUUGCAAGACAUCAAAGAAUUCAUACUGUAGAGAGACCUUACAAAUGUAAUGAAUGUGACAGAGUCUUCCGUAUCAGUUUAUACCUUAAGCUACAUCAGAGAAUUCAUACUGGAGAGAAACCUUACAAGUGUACUGAGUGUGGAAAAGCCUUUACUUUGAAGUCAACACUUACUAAACAUAAGGUUAUCCAUAGUGAAGAGAAACCUUACAAAUGUAAUGAAUGUGGCAAAGCCUUUAAUGAUUCUUCAACUCUUACUCAGCAUCGGGUAACCCAUACUGGAAUAAAAUCUUACAAAUGCAAUGAAUGUGGAAAAGUCUUCAGUCGAAACUCAUCCCUUAAAAAACAUUGGAGAAUUCAUACUGGAGAGAAGCCUUACAAGUGUAAUGAAUGUGGCAAAUUCUUCAGUCAGACUGCACUCCUUGCUUAUCAUCGUCAAAGAACUCAUAUUAGAGAGAAGCCAUACAAAUGUAAUGAGUGUGGCAAAGCCUUUUAUGUGAGGCCAGCAUUUAUCAGUCAUCAGGUCAUUCAUACUGGAGAAAAGCCUUAUGAGUGUAAUGAGUGUGGCAAGGCCUUCGUUUACAAAUCAUUCCUUAAAAGGCAUCAGAGAGUUCAUACUAGAGAAAGACCUUACAAGUGUGAUGAGUGUGGUAAAACAUUUACUGUGCUUUCAAGCCUAAACAGACACCAGGUAAUCCAUAAUGGAGAGAAACCGUAAAGUAAGGAAUGUGACAAGGUCUUUAUUCACAAUGUUACUGUUCACUGACUGAUGCUGUGAAAUAUAUAGUUGGUCUUUGUAUU